AUGACUAGACAUGAGCUCAGCGGCGUGGCCGGGAGGAACCUGAUGGCUGAGCCCAAGCCCCCUCCAGAGCUGCAGCUGGAGGAAGCCGGAGCAUCCUCAGCCUCUCAGGGAGCGGCCGCAGGCGCUGCUCCGCACCCGGACCUGUCGCACAGCCCGUUAGACCCCGCAGCGGUGAUCCCGCUGGAUAUGGAUGCGGAGGGGGCAGGCAGCCCCCUGGACGCGGCUGGUGCGGAGCAUCAGUGCCUGACCCUCGAAGAGCUGGGGGACUACUUCCAAGAGUGCAUCGAAGCUGUCGAGCAGCUGGAGAAAGAGAGAGACAGCCUGAUCGCGGAGCUCGCCCAGCUCCGGGAGCCGGCGCUGCAGGAGAUCCGUCAUGCCCACGAGGAGAUCCAGGCAGCUUGCCGGCUGCUGGCCAAGGUGGAGCUGGAGAGGGACAACCUGAAGGAUGAGAUCCGGCAGAUCAAGCAGAAGCUGUUCAAGGUGACGAAGGAGUGCGUGGCUUGCCAGUACCAGCUGGAGAGCCGGCGGCACGACCUCUCCCAGCACACCGCUUACCGGGGCGAGCUGGAGACCCAGGCCGGGCAGCUCUCCGGCGAACUGUCCCGGCUGAAGGAGACCUGCGAGAAGGAGAAGGAGGUUUUGAGGCAACAGCUGGAGAUGCCGCCGUGUCGGCAGGAUAACCUGUACCUGCAGGAGAGCCGCCGGCUUUCCAUGGAGUUCGAGAGCUUCGUGGCGGAGAGGAGGAGGAAAGCCCUGCGGCCCUUGCAGGGGGAGGUCAGCCGGCUGCGGCUGCAGAACCGGAGCCUGGAGGAGCAGAUCGUCCUCGUCAAGCAGAAGCGGGAUGAAGAGGUCGGGCAGUACCGGGAACAGGUCGAGGAGCUGGAAGACAGGCUGAAGGAGCUGAAGAACGGGGUCCAGCUCCAGCAGCGCAAGAAUCAGGAGCUGGAGGAGCUGAGGACCAGCCUCCACCGGGAGCUCUCCAUCUACAAGGGCUGCUUAGAAAUCUACGGACACCUUUGCAAAUCGGAAGAAAAAGCAGACCAGGACUCUUAG